AUGCAUUUGUUGGGUCACAGAUGGUAUGCUGGGAAAAUUCCGAGAGAUCGUGCUGAACGACUUGUGCUUUCGAAAAAUCUACCCAAAGGUACUUUCUUAAUUCGUGAACGUGAAGCUGAGACAAGGGAAUAUGCAUUGACCAUUCGUGAUUCUGAUGACAGUCGAGGCGUUGGCACGGUGAAGCACUACAAAAUCAGACGGUUAGAUGAUGGAAACGGUUUCUACAUCACUCGUCGACGCACUUUCCGCACUCUGCAGGAAUUAGUUGGAUAUUACUCGGCAAUGGCUGAUGAUUUGUGUUGUACAUUGACUUCCCCGGCUCCUCUAAUCCAGCCGACUCCAUCCGAUCUCUCACAUAACACACAGCAAAAUUGGGAAAUUCCACGAAAUCAACUGCAGUUCAUGAGGAAAGUCGGCGAAGGAUCCUUUGGAGAGGUAUGGUACGGAAAAUUGCGUGGCGUUGUUGAGGUGGCGAUUAAGAUGAUGAAACCGAGAAUGAUGAGCCCUGAUGCUUUUCUUCAAGAGGCGUCUAUUAUGAAGCGAUGCGUUCACCCGAAUCUCGUCACGUUGUAUGCGGUGUGCACCCGAGAGGAACCUUUUUAUAUCAUCACUGAGUUCAUGAAGAAUGGCUCUUUGCAACAUUAUCUUCGGGGUGUCGAUGGGCGACAACUUGACAUUGCGGCUCUUGUUGAUAUGGCAGCGCAGGUGGUCUUGAAAUGU